AUGUCCAGAACCGGUUUCUCGGUGCGGGAUCUCUUGGACUUGCCUGAGUCCGAGUCCAGGACUUCGUCGGGACCCGGGCAGAGCCGAGGAGACGAGUCCAGACACGAGGCCCCGAAGUCGGACGAGCUGCAGAGCGACGGCCCCUGGAUCCACGGAGCCUCGGAGCCGCACUUCACAGUUUUUAUUCUCUUCAGCUCCGGGAGCGCGCGGAGCCACAGCGGCCCGCGGCUCUUUUGUGCGGCUCUUUUCACGCGCGGAGCAACAAAACACGCGCCCAAAACACCCGCCCUGCGCGUGACAGACCCGGACCACCCGCGCUCUGACCCGAGUCCAGGACCCGAGUCCAAGACCCGAGUCCGGGCCUCGGUGCGCGCGCUCCCGCUGAAGCCCGCGCGGGACCAGCCCUCGGUGGUCUCGUGCGCUCCGAGCGCUCACGCGCCUAAAGGCCGCGUGCGGAAGCGGCGCGUGCUCUUCUCCAAGGCUCAGACCUUUGAACUGGAGCGGCGCUUCAAAGAGCAGCGGUACCUGUCCGCGCCGGAGCGCGAGCACCUGGCGGGACUCAUCCACCUGACCCCGAACCAGGUCAAGAUCUGGUUCCAGAACCAUCGAUACAAACUCAAGCGCGCGCGCGCCGAGCGCGGCCUCGAGGCGCUGCAGCUGGUGCCCGUGCGCCGCGUGCACGUGCCUCUGCUCAAACCCUGCGAGCGCGUGCUCCCGCUGUGCGUGUCCGCGCUCCUGCCGCACGAGCCGCACGCGCUGCAGCCGCUCGCGCACCUCUACCACUGGAGCUGGUGA